AGUCGCCUGUCGUUUGGUUAAUAACACAUAUCAUGAGAUUAAUAUUCGACUAAAAACUCGUUAGUUGCGGAAACUUCUGCAAUUAACAUUAAUAAGUAGUGGAACAGGAAAAGUCAUGGCAACGUCGCCAUUGAUAUGAUGUCAGGCGAAGAAUAGAUUUGGGGCAAUUUUUUCCAAUAUCGCAUCUAUUCUACGCAUUUUCCAUACACUUCUGUUACCAUGACCGUGAUUGCAGAUAAUAAAAGCCGUUUUGAAGGCGACGGUUCUCCCCAGAACUCAGACACAGAGUCCUUAGGCUUGCAUAGUCCAAUGGUAAGUGAUACAGAGUCCCUACAGGAUUCUGUAAUAAUCCGCCCUCGACCAUUUCAAGCCAGGUCAUUUAAACCAAUUCUGCUAGACGAGUAUUCACCAUUGAAAAGGUCGUCAGGCAAGCGAAAGUUGCGUCGCUAUGAAAAUAGACUAAUUUUGCAAUUUCAAGAAGACCAGCGUGACGAAAAAUUAAUCGUAAUAGUAGAUCCGUAUAAAAGCCCUUUCGCGCGACUUCUUGAAGAUUCCAAUGCCAUGAGAUUUUGGAAUGAUUUCACUAAAAAGUCCGAAGAGGAGCAAAGUAGCAUUAUCUGUGCGUUUUCUCAACGCCAGAAACACCCGCUCAUAGAAGAGAGCGCUCCGAAUAACGUCGACGCUCAUGUGGGACGAAUUUCCACCAAAGUAAAGAGGUCGAUUAAAACGAAAAAAAAUUUGUCCAUUGAGGCGGUAAGAGAUUCUGAGCUGGAUUUGCUGGAUUUCUUUAAGUCUAAGCCUCAGAAUGUUUAUGUGAAGUCACCUUCAACAUCAUUUGAUAGAUUGUUGCUCAGAGCCAUUGCCACCUAUCACGGUCUUCAAAUACGAAGUGCAGUAGAGUUAGAAGGGAGUUCCAAGCCGCAAAUUAAAAUCUUCAACGAUAGAAAAUGUUGGACGCCGGCCAAUUGUUUUUUAACAGACUUUAUUAAGCAGCUGAAAGGAAACUGAACCUUUUGCCAGCCCCUGCUGCAUAAUAUUCAAAUUACAAUUUAGUUAAUAUAUUGUCUUAGAUGUUUUUUAUCACUGAAAACCAAUCACAGAAAGGUUUAGUUUAUUGAGGUGUGGUUUGUGCAAUAUAAAUUAUUAUUUUUUUUAUGUUCAGUCGCUGUAUUUUAGUGUUAAAAUGUGAUGAUUGUGGGGUAUUUAUAAUUUCUUAUAUGAGAGUAAGCUUAAUAGCCAAUUUGACAUAGUCACUGUAUUUUACAUUGUGAAUAAGAUUUUUCUCUAUUGAGAAUGACGAUUGCACGUGCAAUAAGCAAUUAUGUACUAUUAUGACGAGCACUGCCAUUUGUACAUAUAUUUUUACAAUGCAGAUGUAGUAUAUAAUAAACUUUGGUUGCUUUUUCCA